AUGACUCCCUCACAUUCCCAACCUCCCUCGCUGUCGAGCUCGAUAUACGACUCCGUCGUGCCGUCUCUCGGCCUUCUCUGCUGCGGUAGUACACAGGAAAUCUUCAUCCAUCGUCCCGUUUCCGGAUUUUCACGUUCCACCUUCAAAGCCCAUCUCGGCUUUCUCGUGAAGCAGAUCCUACAAGCGGAUCCCAUGUUCAAAGCCUUCGAGAACGCUCAGACGCAGAUAAGCAGUAGCUCGAAUGGUUUGGAACAAGUCAAGUGA